AUGACGGACAGGUUCCUGAGUGGAAUAGCUUUAAAAAAAUAUUCCUUUCGUCAAGUUGGUUUAGUUGGAGCUGGCUUAUUUGUUUUAGGAGAUAUAUUGACUAUAUUCGUACAAAGAACUUACCAGCUUGUGUUCACUUUUGGAGUUAUACGAGGUGCAGGUUUUGGUGUAAUGAUACCUGUGAGUUUCACAGCGUUUAAUUGUUAUUUUACAAAAAAACGGACAGCAAUGAUGAGCGCAAAUCAGACAAUGAGCAGUAUGGCGUCUAUAACUUUUCCAAUAUUAGUAACGUUUUUACUGGCGGAAUAUGGUUUUCGGUGGACCUUAGCUCUGAUAAUGGCCGUUGACUUACAUCUACUAGUCGCUAUGAUAGUAAUGCAUCCUGUUGAAUGGCAUAUGAUUAAAUCUCCCGAUUGCCCCGAAAGAGAACUAUCGGCUUCUGACCUAGAUCAUACUAUAAAAUGUAAGACCAAUAAAUCGGAAGUAUUUGAUGAAUCAAUAAUAAAAAUGUUACCAGGUGAUGAUAAUGUAAUUGAAAUGAAAAAAACACAGGUGAAGUCAGGUCGACACGAGUCUAUACAAAAGAGUAUAAUUAAAGUCAUAUACGACAACGUCGAACUCGACUUAUUGAAAGAUCCUCGAUUUGUAAGUACUUUGGUUGGACUUGGGUUUGCUUUCGUCUCUGAUGUGACGUAUUUGGCUAUGGAACCGAUGUUAUUAUUUUCAUAUGGAUAUACACAGAUGCAAGUAGCAACGUGUGUCAUGAUUGGUGCCAUAGCUGAUCUAGUCGCAAGGUUCAGCCUAGCUGUGUUUACUUAUUUUUAUAAUGUUGACAGUAAAAUACUUUUCUUCGCCGGUACUUGUGUUACUAUGGUUUUAAGAAUAGUUCUCGUAACAUCUGACAAUUUGAGCUUCGUGAUCGCAAUCACGGCAAUCUCAGGUCUGGUCAGGUGUUCUGUGCAAGUUCUAUUUCCUUUAGUACUUGUGACGGCAGCGCCGGAUCGUUUUCCGGCUGCUUUAGCAUUGCAUAUCCUAUUUUCUGGAUUCCUGAUGUUAAUGGCCGAUCCGUUAAUAGGUGUUAUUUACGAAACAACAGGCAGCUAUGUCAAUUGUUUUCUGGCUAUGAGUUUCUGUUGCUUAGUUUGUGUAGUGCUUUGGACUGUAGAAUACUUUGUUAGUCGUAGAAAUAAAUCGUAAAUGUUAAUUAUUA